CUCUGGCCGAAACUCGUCUCGCAGCCGUCGCCAUGUUUAGAAGUGUGUACGCGUCCUUGGGCGUGCGGUGUGACGAUGCAUUGUAAAAUAUUAGAUAUAGCUCAUGCGCCGUAUGUUACGUGAGGUACCCAAUUGCGAGUCGACCCACGCGGGACACGGGCGUGACGUUCAUUCCCGUGGAUGGCGCACCUACGUCGCGGUAAUUUGUGAUUACAUUAUGUGUAACGUGCAAUGAGUGAUAAACAGGGUGCACCUAUUUUACCACCCCUUAAUCGGGGUGCGGCUAAUAAUGGCGGAAAUAACGGAAGUUCAGCUCAACAGACUGUCAGUCUGCAGCAGGUUCUCGCUACCGCUCAAGGCCUCAACGUGCUUGCUACUACUAGUGGGCAACAGUUCGUUAUUACGACUCAGGUUCCUGGUCUCACACAGGUCAUACCGAACAAUGCCACAUCUAACACGAGCGGAACGCAACAAGUUGGUGUCACAAGAAUCGUCAACAUCGCGGGCACACCACCGCGCAACGUUGUCGGCAUUGCCGGCACGUCGCCUCAUUCGUCACCGGCGGUGUCGCGGUCACAGAACUCUACCAAGCUUAUGCUGACAACGUCGCCGAAACUCGUACGCACCUCUAUAAGCAACGUGUUUGUGGCGCCAAUGUCGUCGUCGUCGUCGUCGUCGUCGUCGUCAUCGUCACAGGUAUCGUCGCCGCAGGUACGGGUACAAUCGCCGCCGCCACCAGCGAGGAAACGACUGAAACUGUCGGAAACGAUGGAGAAACCUAUUUCAUUCGACGCCAGCGGUUGCCGUAGGCGGAUAAUGGAGCACAAGAUGCGGCGGAUGCGUAGCGUACGUGAGAAGUAUGCCGAGAACGCGUCAGAACUGUUCUUUUUGCACGCCGGUGGCAACAUGAUGGACUACCAUACCUGGCGGAAGCGAUCUCCGACACCGCAGUUUGUACACUUUCUGCGUCAGCAUCGACUUGAUCCGGAUGACGAUGACGAGGAUCUGACCGCGCCACUGUCGUCGAUACCGGAAUUCUCGCAGCUGUCUGCUGUUACCACUACUAUUGCUACUACCACGACAGUUACUAGCGCCAUCGUCACCUCUACGACUACUGUCACAACUGUCACAUCCGGCUCCACGGUAGUCCAAAUCCCGAAUCAAAGAGCGGAGGUUAAAAUCGCUGGGGCGGGCGUUACGCCGGUAGCGGUAUCCACCACCCUGCCUGCUGCGGCUCUAGCCCAGCUCAGUCAUCAAGGACAAAUACCAGGUAGGCCUCAAGGGGGCCGCCAUGGCAUGGUGUUUGCCUUCCGAGCGGCAAUCCAGUCUUCACCAGUCACCAUUCACCCUCCAUCCGCUUCUACCGUAACACCUACGCUCAUUAUAGGUGGAACGUCAAUGGUUGCAGACUCGUCAAAACCGACGACCUCGGCCGCGAGUCAGGUGGUGGAAAAGUCGUCGCCGUCGGUCACCACCGUCGCAACCCCGAAAACACCUAUAACAACAGUUGCGCUCAAUAGUCCCCAACCUAUCGUUAAGCUCGUUAAGUUGUCUACACCCACUACUAUAACUACUUCCUGUGAUAUCACGAACAAUCCGGAGCAUAUUGCGGAAAAACUGCGGCAGGAGGCGUACGUAGUGCAGAGGAUUAAGGAGCUGCAACGCGAGGGAUUAUGGUCGGAACGGCGAUUGCCCAAGGUGCAAGAACCGACCCGAACCAAGGCUCAUUGGGAUUACCUGCUGGAGGAAAUGGUCUGGUUGGCCGCUGAUUUCGCCCAGGAGCGUAAAUGGAAAAAGGCGGCAGCGAAGAAAUGCGCACGAAUGGUGCAAAAGUACUUUCAAGAAAAGGCGAUUCAGGCGCAGAAGGCUGAGAAGUCGCAGGAGCUACGUUUGAAGAAGAUCGCCAGCUUGGUCGCCAAGGAGAUCAAAACCUUCUGGACAAAUGUCGAGAAAUUGGUGGAGUAUAAGCAGCAGACGAGGCUAGAAGAAAAACGAAAGAAGGCGUUGGAUCAACAUUUAAAUUUCAUUGUGGGUCAAACGGAGAAAUAUUCCACGUGGCUGACAGAGGGUCUCAACAAGACCGAUGGUCCACAGAGUAUUCCAGCUUCCAUAAAUAGUUCACGUAUCUCUUCGCCGGUUCCAUUGGGAAAAUGUCAUUCCGACGAGGAAUUCCAGCCAAAUCAGAGUUCAGAUGACGACGAAGAGACCAUAGCUAAGGCCGAAGAGGAAAUGAAAUUAACGACCAAUCACAAGGAGGAAGUGGAGUUGUUAAAACGAGAAUCGGAAAUACCCUUGGAAGAUCUUCUAAAGGACUUACCAUCAAACUAUUUGGAAGAUCGUAAUAGAAGUCUAUCGCCGCAAAGCGCGAUGAAUGAAGAGGAGCAAAAUGAAAAUGAGGAAGCAGUUGAUGCAGAUGCGGACUUUAUCGCGGCGUCCGGUGAAUCCUCGGACGAAGAAGAUACUAUCAUGGAAGAGGAAAGGCUCGAGGGAGAAAUCGAUCAUAAGCGGGAGCUCGAUGAACUUAAGGCUGACAAUGAAAUGUCUAUCGACGAACUCACGGCCAAAUAUACAAAUAUGUCGGACAUGUUGAUGGACGUGAACGAAGAGGCCGAAGAUACGGAUAAAGAAAACAAGGAAACAGUACAGGAAAUCGAAGACCAAAUAACUAGCAGCGAAAGUGAGAGCGAAGAGAGCGAUUGCGAUAGUGACGAGGAAGAGACUCGGACUCAAAGUGAUACCGAGGUAGAUGUGGGACUUCAAUCUCUUCUCGAAGACCCCUCUGCGGAAAAACAAUUGGAUAGUAGAAUCACAGAAAACGAUCAUUCGGACGCUCAUAACGAAAUGGAUAACGUUGCCGCAUUAGCUGAGAGCAUCCAGCCUAAGGGAAAUACAUUGCUCACUACUAGUGUUGUCACUAAAAUACCUUUUCUUCUGAAACACUCUCUUCGGGAAUAUCAGCACAUAGGAUUGGACUGGCUUGUCACGAUGUACGACAGAAAGUUAAACGGCAUUUUGGCUGAUGAGAUGGGUCUAGGUAAAACUAUACAAACCAUCGCGCUGUUGGCGCAUUUAGCCUGCGAGAAGGGAAACUGGGGACCGCAUCUUAUAAUCGUGCCGACUUCUGUAAUGCUCAAUUGGGAAAUGGAAUGCAAAAAAUGGUGUCCCGGCUUUAAAAUACUGACAUAUUACGGCACACAGAAGGAGAGAAAACAAAAGCGAACGGGCUGGACAAAACCAAACGCCUUCCAUAUAUGCAUUACGUCUUACAAGUUAGUAAUACAGGAUCACCAAAGCUUUAGACGGAAAAAAUGGAAAUAUCUUAUCUUAGACGAGGCGCAGAAUAUCAAGAAUUUCAAAUCGCAGAGAUGGCAGUUGCUUUUAAACUUCCAGACACAACGGAGAUUACUUCUUACCGGCACACCUCUUCAAAAUAAUUUGAUGGAACUGUGGUCGCUCAUGCACUUUCUUAUGCCUAACGUUUUCCAGUCUCAUCGCGAGUUUAAAGAGUGGUUUAGCAAUCCUGUCACAGGCAUGAUUGAAGGGAACAGCGAAUACAAUGAGAAUAUAAUCCGUCGUCUGCAUAAGGUGUUGCGGCCAUUUCUCUUGAGACGAUUAAAAACUGAAGUGGAAAAGCAAUUGCCGAAGAAAUAUGAGCACGUGGUUAUGUGCCGUUUGUCGAAGCGUCAGAGAUUUCUGUAUGAUGACUUUAUGUCGAGAGCCAAGACGAAGGAAACGCUUGCCAGCGGGAAUCUGUUGAGUGUGAUUAAUGUAUUAAUGCAACUACGAAAAGUGUGUAAUCAUCCGAACUUGUUCGAGGUGCGACCGACUGUAUCGCCAUUCCAAAUGGAAGCAAUCGAGUUUGUGACCGCUUCGUUAGUUUGGAGCGCGCUUGAUUACGAUCCCUUCAAGCACAUCCAACUGUCUAGCCUGAAUCUUUUGCUGUUAAAUCUGGAGACGACGCUCAGUGCAUUCGGUGCGCACAGAGUGAAUCGUCUGCGGACGCCUAGGAAGCUUAUCGAGGAGAUAGAUAGCCAACCAGAACCGGCGCCAAGGUGUCCAUCCGGCAGGAUCAAGAUCAAUGUUAGAUUAUCAAAUCAAGCGAAGCCGCAACAGCAACAACAGCAAACGCAGACUAGGCUAAAGAAUCUGGCUGGCGUACUACCCACGCCAAGAGUGGGUACGUCCCCCUUGAUAAAGUCAUUAAAUACCAGCCAGAGUGGUCCGGGACAAGGUGUUACAUUGAGAGUCGCGGGUGGUCAACAAUUGCAAGGUUAUUCCCUGCAACUGGUGCCGCAUCAGGGUAGCGUGAAAGCUAUUCCUGUGGCAACAUUGGGGCACAAUCCGCAAAGUACCACCGUGACGUCGACCACAGCAGCGACGAACGCGCAAAGGAUUACAGUAGGAAACGCUAGCAUCAGAGAUGGCAUUCAACGACUAACGACACAGACCGUCACGGUCAAGCAAGGCGAUUCCGUCCAAAGAAUAGCGGUGCCUAGCGGUUUCGCGCAACUCGUUCAAACUUCUACCGGCAGACACUUCAUUCUGACGCCGAGUCAACAGAACACUAACACAGUCAUGACAUCGAGCGGACCGCGUUUAACGGUGCUGUCUAAAUCGCUGAUGGGUUUGUCUACGUCGGGUGCCACGACAGUAAACAAGGUCGUCAGUGGAGUAGUGACAACUCCGAGCGGCCGACCUGUCAUGAGGGUACCUCCUCUGAACGUAACCGCUUCGCAAUCGUCACCAAGCGGAAACAACGGCCAGCAGACAGUCAACCAGCAACAACCACAGUCGAUACGUGGUAUUGUCCCCAGACAGGCUCAGAAGGAGGUCGCGAAGGCACAGAGUAAAGAACAGCCGAAAUCCGAGUUUUAUUUGCCGCAAUUGGAAGAGGAUAGGAGGCAGAGGAGACAGGCUAAAUUGCAUCUCUUGGCAAAUAUCAACGAACGAAGAUGCGCGGCAUGUCCGCUUUACGGUGAAGAUCUGUUUAUGGCUUUGAGAAUCGGCAAGCCCACGACAGCCUGUCGUUGGCACAAUGGUUGGGUACAUUGCGCGACAAGUAAGGAGAAGAUUCGUACUCGGAAAGAGUUCUUUUCGCACACGGAAGCGCUCGCGGAAGCUAUCAAAAGUACGGAGCAGAUUGUUGAAGAACUCAAAGAGGUUUUUGAAAGAUAUGUAGUCUACGUGCCAGCUGUACGCGCGCCAGUACCUCGGUUCCAUGUGUCUCAUCCACCACCGCACAAGCUGUGGGGCGAGCAGCGUCUGUGGACCGAAUUGCAGCGGCAACUGUCGCCGAAAUUAUCUCUAUUCCAUCCGAUUUCGGGCCUUAUGCUUACACAGUUUCCUGAUCCCAGACUGAUCCAGUACGAUUGCGGCAAACUUCAGUCGCUGGAUCGUCUGUUGAGGAAGCUAAAAUCUGGAAAUCAUCGGGUCCUCAUAUUCACACAGAUGACCAGAAUGUUGGACGUAUUAGAAGCCUUUUUGAAUUUCCAUGGACACAUAUAUCUGCGAUUGGACGGCACCACUAGGGUGGAUCAACGUCAGGUUUUGAUGGAAAGGUUCAACGGCGAUAAACGAAUAUUUUGUUUUAUUCUAUCGACGAGAUCUGGUGGUGUCGGUGUGAAUCUGACGGGAGCGGACACAGUAAUAUUUUAUGACAGCGAUUGGAAUCCCACAAUGGAUGCCCAAGCGCAAGACAGAUGCCACAGAAUAGGACAAACGCGGGAUGUACAUAUCUACAGAUUAGUUAGUGAGAAGACUGUUGAAGAGAACAUUUUGAAGAAGGCUAAUCAGAAACGAUUGCUAGGAGACCUCGCUAUUGAAGGCGGCAAUUUCACCACUGCGUACUUCAAAAGUUCCACCAUUCAAGACCUGUUUAACAUUGAUCAAACGGAGAACGAUGCAUCAGCGCGUAUGGCUGAAGUGCUCGAGCAAAAUCGGGAUCGAGAGAAGGCCUGGAGCAAGGACGUGGCAGCAGGAACGUUUCAGAGUAGUCUUUCAGGACAGCAUACGGAGGAAAAAGCAGCGAUGGGCGCUCUUGAGAGCGCUCUCGCCGCUGCUGAGGAAGAUCUUGAUGUUCAGGCUGCGAAGACCGCGAAAGCAGAAGCUGUCGCUGAUCUUGCCGAGUUUGAUGAGAACAUUCCGCUGGAAGAAGCUGAUAAAGACGAUACGCAGGUCAGCAAGGCGGAACAGGAAGUUCAGAAUCUGAUUUCUCAGCUGACUCCGAUCGAACGGUACGCCAUGAGGUUUGUCGAGGAGUCCGAAGGUGCGUUCUCCGCAGCACAACUGGCCGCAGCCGAACGGGAGCUCGAGGAGCAGAAAAAGGAGUGGGAGCUGGACCGGUUGCGGGCACUGCGCGAGGAGGAGGAGCGACGCAUGCGGCUCGCUGACGACGACGAGAAGCCGCUGACAUUUGGCCGCGAGGAUGCGCAGAAUCAGGUUAAUAGCACUGCCGCUAAAGGCGGUUCCAGGCGAUUAGUUAGUAAGAGGCUAAUUGUACCGAGUAGAAGAAGUUUGCGUAGACGUGGCAGUAGUAGAAAGAGACGCGCGCGCGAAUUGUCGUCGGAGAGCGAAAACGAAACUACUAGUACUGAAUCGGACUCGGAUUCGGAGUCACAGGAGGAAGACGUGGUCGAGGAUAGUCUUGAUGAAGAGUCGAGUCACACGGAGAGUCAGAGUCAAGGGGAUGAGGGCGAGGAGGAGGAAGGAGAGGGUGAUGAAGGAGGAGACGGAGAAAGAGAAGAGAGCGACGAGGAGGAGGAGGCCGACGAAGGAAACGAGGACAGGAGAGCGAACAAUCGCGACGAUUCCGAACGAGGUGGAGGUUUCUCGAGACGGAAAGGCCGCCUGGCGGGUUCUGGGUCGUGCAGCCGGAAUCAUUUCGAUCUAAACAGUCCACGCACCAGAUCUCGUGGGAAUGUUCAGAUCAAUCUCUGGACUCUGGAUGUAAGCCCGAUCCUGCCCGGAGUAAAGCCGAAUUUUCGACGGCAGCGCAAGAAAUUUCAUCGCGCAAAGUCCGAGGAAACCUUCUCCUCGUCAGUUGACUUGUGUCGUAAGAGAAGCAUUCGGGUCAACGCGAAUGCUAAGGUAUCCACCAAUUCCGACCAGAAUCCAAAAACCGAGAUCACCGAGACGGGAGCGACGGAGACUGACAAAAAUUCGUCGAAGGACAAGAAAGAUCCAAAGAAGGACGAUCGCAAUCUCGUUUCCUUGAUCGAUUCGAACGGAGUGGAGCAACAUGUUACUGAUUCUGACGCGGAGCAAUCUGUCGAUGAUCAGGUAGAUUCAACAACACCAGUUGCCAAAACGCAAUCAAACCAAACGAAAACAGCGGAAUCAACUGAUAAUGUAAUGGACGGUCAAAAUGUUAAAAAAGAGAAAGAGAGAAAUGACGAGAAGAUCACGAACGGUACUAAUUUAAUCACGGUCUGCUCCGUUCAGGUGACGCGGUGUUCGCAUAAAAUGCUAUCUACGACCUACAAGAAGCUUGAGCCUGAAGUAAAUCAUAAUGAGGACGCGGAGAAUCUCGACGUGAAUGUCAGCGCGAGGGAUUCUCGGUCUCCUCCGAGCACGGUACAGCCGGAUGCAUCCUUGAAGUGUCCGAAAGAGACGAUGGUCAAGUCUAAGUCGGAAUUCGGUGCGUCAGCCAAUUCUUUGUGUAACAACGUGCGAGGGAAAUUGACCGCUGCCGCGCCAAAAGAGUCGGACAGGAGCGUCGAAUCACCCUCGAGUCGUUCGGUUCCCCUUUUGCGUUCUAAAUCGUUGCGAAACGAUAGUUCUGAUGCGGUUGACGCGGCUUCUAAACCGGUUGCGAUAUCCCGCGUUUCUACUGUGCAGAAAAAUUCUAAGACUAGUGUAAAUACUGACGAUGCUCAUAGUAACGCGGUCGAGGAUAAAGACAAGAACAAUUGCGAUGAAGCUAAUGACGACGCCGAAUCAGCGAUAGACUCGGUGCAAAAGUCUGAUCAGAGACUCAAUUCGAAAAGCGAAAAUUUAAACGCUUUGCCACAAGUAGCGGAAAAAGAAACAAGUGACACAGCAUCGAAUGCGCUCGACUUUUUAAUGCCUUUGGCAAACGAAUUUAAUUCAAACGAACCCAACAAAUGCAAGAUACGAAAAGUAGAUAGCACGGUUCAGCGAGGUGUAACGACUCGCAGCUCAAAAAUUCCCUCAACUGUCAAUCAUUUAGAAGAAAGUAACGCGCGAUUGAUGAACGACAAGAUCGAUUUAGUAUCGGAGAAUAAAAAUAGUUCGCAAACAAAAACGGGCCAGGGAACGCGAAGAACCGACAACUCGCAGCAUCCAGUUGCAGAACAGAGCAGGAUCACGCGAUCGGCAAGUCACUCGUGGACGCCGCCUCCACCUCCAGUUAGCGGUGACGAGACGACGACGCAAAAUUCAUCGAAAUUAACCCCGAGACGACGACCGGAUACUCCCCUUCCGCGACCGAUGACGAGGUCCGUAGCGACCGUGAACUUUUCUGCGAGAGCCGACGCGGUAUUGCCUGGUCGAGUCGAGAAGUGCGCGACCCGGAAUUCAAAGCAGUGCCAGGACAACGGUCUGCUGGGUCCUCCGAUGCCAUUCAGACGUAGUAGAUCGAUACCACCGAUGAAACCACCGGAUUCGAAGGAGGGUCCGGCGAGACGCCGUCCGGACACACCCCGACCUAGCAUAUCGAUCAGUCACAGCAAUAAACAAGUAUCCAGGGUAACGCGCUCGGGAUUGCUCUUGAAUUCCGCCCUCUCGGUGAAGUCGGCAUCGUCAUCAUUGUCCUCUCCCGUUUCCGGGAGCGGACUUAAAACGAGCCCUAAGCACAUGCGGACCCCGUCGACGAGUAGCGAAAGCGAGAACACUGCGAACACAUCGCUGUCCAACGAGAAGCCUCAAAGAACGGCCAAGGUCGUGGCCAUUCUCAGUCUAGACACGAGGAAUAACAGCAGUAAAGCCUCAUCGGGUCAAUCGAAAUCCAACGUCAAUUGCGAGACGAAGAUCCAGGAUAAAGAGCUUUCCACUCGAUUGUCAGACUCGCUGAAAGAACAGGAGGCCGAUCACGAGGGCUGCGACUCGUCCGACGUCAAGUCCAGGAGGCUGCGUAAGGAAGCAAAGCGCGCCAGAACAGUACCGAGCUCGCUGGAAGACGAGGACGGCUCUAACGAUGUUAGCGAUGAGGAUCCGUCGCAGAAGAGACCUCGCUCUUCGCAGAUCUCCUCUUCGUCCUCCUCCUCCUCCUCCAUCGCAACGACACGGUCCGAAAAGCUGAAGAGCAUCACGAUAUCUUGAAUUUGGUUGUCGGAACACACGAUGGAGCAAAUGCCAAUGUGGUGCCCGCCGACUCCUCCUAUAACGGAUAAUGAUGUGUAUAUCGAUUACUCUCUCGGAUUUCUGUAUGAGAAUAUCCCUAUGACAGAGGCUCAACUGCCACCGAUUUACGUAAAGAAGGAACGAAACAGGAGCAGGAUCGAAAUCACUGAUGAUGGUUGUCGACCAGCGAAGAUGAUGCGGCACAAAGAGGAGUCCGUGUACGCACCAAGAUCGCUCUUCGAUCGGCCGUCACCAGCAUUGAUGAAGAUGCGCCGUGAAAUGAAGCUGUACAAGUAUCGCGCAAUCGUGCGUCCACCGAUGCCGGUCUUGAAGACUUCGUCACACGUCGUCAAGACCUCACCGGAACCGGAUCAAGCGAUGGACUGGUCAGUCCACGAGGAAUGGGGUCUGUUGCAUUCCAUCCAGAACUACCAGAGCUUACCGCUGAACACGAUGAUCCUUUCGCCCGGUCACACACCCAAUUGGGACAUGGUUGCCGAUACCAUCAACAACGGCGCGCGUUUAUUCAGAUCACCCAAGCAUUGCAGGGGAAGAUACGAAUCUGUAAUAAUGCCUAGGGAGGAGGGCAAGCUCCUGUACGACACCACGCCGAAGAAGCAGAAGAAACAGAAGGGAAGUGUUUACAAAACGCUGCCGGUCUCCGAGCAACAAAGUAAGAGCAGCAGAUCGAUGAGAACAUCGCAAUUACACAAUCAAGACAGAAACGGCUCUUUUACGACGAUGGGCAGUCAGAGGUAUGAAAUCAUGAAGUCCGUAUUCAACAACCGAACGCCCACCGUGAAACAGCCCGUCAUGAAUCCAGCGAUGAAAAAUCCCACGAACGUCGCUGUCCUAGCCGAAUACAAAGUACAGAUCGAUAAUGCAAUAACGCCGAUUGAAGUUGCUACACGACGCGCCGAUAGAAUCGCUAAGGAGAAGCUCAAUAAGGCAGAGAUGUUCGCUAACCGAGACUUACAGUCACAGGUUUUAACCCCGGAACAGCAACAACAGGUAGCGGCACGACUCCUGCAGCAUCAGCAGCAGCAACAAGCCGCCCAACAGCAGCAACAGCUGAAGCUACAGCAGCAACAGACUCAGCAACAAGCUGGACAGCAAGCGAGCGCAAACUCUGUUGCAUCCCAAAUUCAUCAGUUGUCCCAAGCGAUUCCAACGGUAACCAACGCGAAAGUCGCUGCGACUAGCGUGAGUUUGAGCAACGUAGCAGCUACAACGGUAACAGCCACUACGGUGGUCAAGGCUCGACCUGGAGUUGGGCAAGUGGCAAUGCAGGACGUGAGAACGACGUCGGCGAAUAUACAGCAGACCGCUCAACGAAUCGCGACGGGCAGUUUGGUGUCCGCGGGUCAAACUUCCGUUAGCGCGGCGGGUGGCCAAAAGGGAAGUCUGGUAGGCGUCACGAUGGCCACGACAACGUCGGGAAGCAAGACCCCAGCGGCAGUGCAGAUGUACCUCAGGCAGCAGCACUUACUGCGGCAACAGCAGCUUAAAGCACUGCAGGCUCAAGCUGCCGGCAGUCAAAAAGUGUCUGUCGCGGUGUCGGCCACGGCGGCGGUGCAGCAGCGAGCAGCAGCGACUACCUUGAUGAAGCAAGGUAUCGGUGCCGUAGGUACUGCGGGCGCGGUGACAGGGCAGACCGCUGUGGGCAAACCGACAAUGACUAGGACAAUGUCCGACACUGAAAUGACUGCGUUGCUGAAGCGGCAAACGUUACAUCAACAAACAAAGGCUGCUGCUGCUGGAGUCGCGCAGGUACCCACGCCAACGGGACUCGCAACGGCGCAGUUGUUUGCUCCGGCCGGUUUGCAGGUACAGCAGGCAGGCACUUCCGCGAGUGGUACUCCGGUGGCGACGCUCGUGAAGACAGCUAACGUGGGUGUUCGCACCGCGCCCCAGCAGAUACGUCAGCUCGCGCUUCAUCCGCAGAUCAUUACGCAGAGAAAACUGCCUGCGCAGAAGGUCGCGCAACUGGCUCAAGUCACAAACAAGGCUGGCGUGCAAACGCAACUCAUCGUGCAACCCACAAAAUCGCUACCUACAACCAUGACGGUACAGCAAAUUCAUCAAGUAAUGAAACACGUGCAACCCUCGGCAAUGCAGCAAUUUACCCACGUUUCUACGGGACAAUCGGUAUCUCAGGCUAGCCAAGUCGUACUGGCUAAGUCACCGUUGCAGACUCGUGUGAUACCAGUAGCGCCCGCAGCUUUGAAGCAAACCAUUCAAGUGGUGACCGCCAGCAAUUCUCAAUUACGACAGACCACGCCUAUCCAAGGGAAACCGGUUGCUGGUGCGGUGAGACAAAGUCCUAGUUCAGGUCCUAGCCCGGGUACCGCAGUUUCCGGUUCCACCGCUGCUGCAGGUAGCAGUCCUAAUGUGGGUGUCACUUCCGCCUCGAAUCUGGUCUCUCCAUCUGUUCUUAGUCAAGUGAGAUUGCAAACCUUAACGCAGCAGACACAGCAGCAGCAGCAACAGACCCAACAGGAUGCUCAACCGAAAUAGCUCUUUGUUAGGAUUGAAUGGCGAUCGUUGAAAUUGUAUUGGAAAAUUCAGAAACCAGAUUGGUUUUGCAGGUUAAAAAGCGAAAAUCUUGUAGAUAUUACCAUGCGUACGGAUAUCUGAAGCAUAAGGACUCCCUUGGGGUUGAAGCUUGGAAGAGAAAAGGAGAUUGAAAGUCUAUUGUAACUGAUGUGAUCAACCAUAUGACACGAUGAUGGCAUGAUAUGAGCGGUUAAUGACACGGAGUACGCUCUCGUUCCUAUUCUAACUGAAUCUUAUUUUUUUAACUAUAAGUUUUUUUGUUUUUACAGUCUUUCGCACAACAAUCCGGCAUUUUAUAGAAUAAAAGUUUUAUUUUAUUCCAGGCACUAUUUUUAAUUACGGAAUAACCUGAAGUCGCAGUAAUGCCUCAGUUAAAUUGCCACGAAAUAUGAAAAAAGAUAUGGGGAUCUAUUACGAUUUUUGAAACGAGGUAAAAAUUACAAAAGUGAGGAAAUUCAUUAGAGUACCUAUGAUUUCAUUGGUCGAAACCUAGCAAAUUUGUUCACUUUUGUAAUUUUCACCUCGUUUCAAGAACCGUAAUCAACCUCCUGUGUUUACAUAUAUCGUGUUUUAUACUGCUAAAUCUGAUCAAUCAAGUCGCGAUGGAUUUUUUUCCUUACUCCUCAGGCUUCACUCCCUUCCAAAGAAGUUCCUUAGUGCUGGUCUACCACCUUGCUUUAGAGGGUAUUUAAGCUUUAAGCUGUAAGAAAUUGACCAAUCAUAGUCGAGUAUUUUCCUCAUAUUCCACUGUGAUUGGUCAAUUUCUUACGGCUUAGAGCUUAAAUACUUUUUAAAGCAAGGUUGUAGA